AUGGGUUUAUUUGCUCUGUUUUGUCUGUUGUUGUUCUAUUCGGUUUCUGGGAACGUUGUUGACUUUUUAGACAAGGGUCGACUUUUGGAGCUCAAGAACGCCAUUUUCGAUCCUCACAACAUGCUUUCAAGCUGGAAAUCUACAGCCCCGGAUCACUGUUCUUGGUUUGGAGUCACGUGCAACUCACAUGGUAGGGUUUCUGAGCUCAGGAUACCAGGAGGUGGGAAAUUGUCAAAUGUAAUUGGGAAGUUCUCGGAACUUAAGGUUUUGUCAAUUCCAUUUAAUCGAAUCGCCGGUGAGUUGCCUAAUGAAAUCUGGGGGUUAAAGAGUCUUGAAGUGAUCGACAUUGAAGGGAAUUUGAUUACCGGCGACUUAUCCAUGGUCGAUUUCUCCAAUUUGAAGAAGUUGCAGGUUCUUAAUUUAGGGUUUAACAGAUUAUCUGGGAAAAUCCACAAAUCAUUCGAAGAAUGUAAGAAUUUAAGCGUUCUAAAUCUCGCUGGAAACCGAAUCCAAGGGCCUCUUCCUGACGUUUUACCGGUGUUGCCGCCACAACCACGGCGGGCGCUUCAAGAUUCCAGGGGCAAUGACGGGAACAAAAAAGGAUUCAGUCCCUUUGAAUGGGUGUUUAUUUUAGUCGCAUCACUCAUUGUUCUAAUUCUUUUGGUUGUCAUCAUUGUCUACUUUUACAUGAGGAACCGGAGACGGAGUUCCCGAGUCGAUGGCAUCAACACCAUCCCAUCUCCGCCACGUUCCGGGAACGAACGCCUCGUGAUUUUCCGAGAGGUAGGGGUACCAUUAACUUUCAACAACGUCAUUGAAGCAACCGGGAACUUCACAUCAAGAAAUUGCAUCGGGAGCGGCGGUUUCGGGUCGACUUACCGAGCGGAGAUAUCUCCGGGAAUCACCGUCGCGGUGAAGCGUCUCACCGUCGAGAUGUGCCAAGGGGUUCCUCAAUUCAACGCCGAAAUCCGAACCCUAGGUCGAAUCCGACAUCCAAAUCUCAUAACAUUAAUCGGAUACUACGCGAGCCCGUCGGAAAUGUUUCUCGUUUACAACUAUCUCCCCGGCGGCAGCCUGGAAGAGCUUAUUCGGGACAAAAGAAACCAUGUAAUCGGUCUGAAAAUGGUUCACAAAAUCACAUUAGAUAUCGCCGGAGCUCUAGCUUUCCUACACGAUGACUAUAAACGGGCCUUGGAUCCGUCGUUUGCGAAAGAAGAUAAUGGGUACACAAUUGUGUUUUGGGCGAGGACGCUCCGGCGAGAGGGGCGGGCGGAGGAGGUUUUUACUGCCGGAAUGUGGGAGGCGGGACCGGAAAAUGUGCUGCUGGAUUUGUUGAAGUUGGGGUUGAUGUGCACGACGGAAUUACCUUCCGGGAGACCGACGAUGAGGCAAGUUGUAAGAAAAUUGAGGCAUAUUCAACGGACAAAGUACAUCUAUUCCCUGCUUUAUCGAUUCUUCCCUCUUUCUUUCUUCAAUUUGCUGCCAUCGAUCAAGAAAUCAUCGAGCGUCGAGUAUUCAAGAAACGCAGAGAAGCCCAGGAGCGGUCGAGUAUUCAACUGUUCUAUUCGAACCACCUUCAAUUCCUCUCCGGAACUUUUUCAGCGAUUUCUUCUCUCUGCUGCUUACAAUUACAAAUCCAGCAUGGCAGAAGGUUUUGGCAGAGUGAGACUCAAGGGUUGGCAGCAGGCUGCAGUUGCCCUUGGGUCUGCAGUUGGUGCAUUAGUGGAUCCAAGAAGAGCCGAUUUGAUAGCUGCUUUAGGGGAAACAACUGGAAAACCUGCUUUUCAAAGAGUUCUUCAAAGAAUGAAAUCAAACCCUCAAGGCAGAGAAAUACUAUUGGACAGGCCACGUGUCAUUUCUAAAAAUGUCGGGCACGCGUGGGACCUGCCCGAGAACACGUUUGGGGCAGCAUAUGCAAAGUUCAUGGGAUCAAGAAACUUCUCACCAGACGAUAGGCCACCUGUAAGGUUCAUGGAAACUGAUGAGCUGGCAUAUGUUGCCAUGCGUGCACGUGAAGUGCACGAUUUUUGGCACACCCUUUUUGGCCUUCCAACAAAUUUGAUUGGUGAGUCAGCAUUGAAAGUCAUAGAAUUUGAGCAAAUGUUGCUUCCGAUGUGUUUCUUGUCUGUUAUUGGUGGGACCGCUAGGUUUAGUGACAAGCAACGGGUGUUGUUUUAUCAUCAUUAUUUUCCUUGGGCAGUUCGGGCAGGUAUGAAAGCGACUGACCUUAUGUGUGUUUAUUAUGAGAAGCAUUUUGAUGAAGAUUUAGAGGAUGUGAGGAGGAGAUGGGGUAUCAUUCCGGCUCCUACUCAUUCUGUUUAACAGUAAGGAGGUGAGAAUCCAUAAAUCAGGGAUCAGGUAAAAAGACAAAGACUGCGCUUUACUUGCCCUAUGUUGGAUGCGGGACCGGCUAGAUUUUAUUAGGAGAUUUGGGAGAGUUGAAAUAAGGGGUUGUGUAAAAUAACUCAUUUGGGUUUUUUUUUUGUCUAUGGAUUUUGUUUUCCUAAAUAAAUAUUGUCCGAAGGUCGCAAACUUUUAUUUUUGUUUUUAAAAUACCA